GCUCUCGCGAGAUCAGGAUGUAAACAAAGCUGAACGGGCCCAGGCUGCGCUCUGUUCUCUCAACCUAGUCUGGCCAGUGAGCGGGUGCAAGCGACCGUCAUGUCAUCGGUGUCCCGCCCACUGCUCCAUACGAGGGAGUGGGAUUGGAUGACUGGACAGAGGGGCCUGCCUCUCCCGUGUGGUGAUUGGCUGUUGGCGUAAACGUGUGCUAGGUGUCAGUCCCCGAGAGGGUCCCAAACACUGUCAGUGAGGAGCCAGGGCGAAGGAGCAACGCAGCAGGUAUCUGCAGAGCAACGAUGGCAACAGAAUCUCCUCGCCGCCCUAGCCGAUGUACAGGGGGAGUUGUGGUUCGCCCACAGGCUGUCACGGAACAGUCAUAUAUGGAAAGUGUUGUUACGUUUCUUCAAGAUGUUGUGCCACAGGCCUACAGUGGUACUCCACCAACAGAAGAAAAAGAAAAAAUAGUCUGGGUCAGAUUUGAAAAUGCAGACUUAAAUGAUACAUCAAGGAAUAUGGAGUUUCAUGAGAUACAUAGCACUGGCAAUGAACCACCUUUGCUGCUAAUGAUUGGGUACAGUGAUGGAAUACAGAUCUGGAGCAUACCUAUCAGUGGUGAAGCCCAGGAACUCUUUUCUGUUCGACACGGCCCAGUUCGAGCUGCACGAAUCUUGCCUGCUCCACAAAUCAGCCCUCAGAAAUGUGAUAAUUUUUCUGAGAAGAGACCUCUUCUUGGUGUGUGUAAAAGCAUUGGAUCUUCUGGCACAAGCCCACCUUAUUGCUGUGUGGACCUUUACUCUUUGCGAACAGGAGAGAUGGUCAAAUCCAUACAGUUCAAAACUCCUAUUUAUGAUCUGCAUUGCAACAAAAGGAUACUUGUUGUUGUCUUGCAAGAGAAAAUUGCUGCCUUCGACAGCUGUACAUUCACAAAAAAAUUCUUCGUUACAAGCUGCUAUCCUUGUCCGGGGCCAAACAUGAAUCCCAUUGCUCUUGGGAGUCGUUGGCUUGCUUAUGCAGAAAAUAAGCUGAUCCGGUGCCAUCAGUCCCGUGGUGGAGCCUGUGGAGACAACAUUCAGUCUUACACUGCCACAGUCAUUAGUGCUGCCAAAACGAUAAAGACUGGACUUACAAUGGUUGGGAAAGUGGUUACACAGCUGACAGGGACAUUGCCUUCAGGAGCAACUGAAGAAGAGAUUUUAGUUCAUAGCAAUACUCGUCGAAGUCCUCUGGUGCCUGGGAUCAUCACUGUUAUUGAUACCGAGACAGUUGGAGAAGGGCAGGUGAUUGUUAGCGAGGAUUCUGAUGGCAACGGUAUUGUGGCCCACUUCCCUGCACAUGAAAAGCCUAUUUGCUGCAUGGCUUUUAACCCCAGUGGGAUGCUACUGGUCACUACUGACACCCUAGGCCAUGAUUUCCAUGUUUUCCAAGUACUGACACAUCCUUGGUCAUCAUCACAAAGUGCUGUACAUCAUCUGUAUACACUUCACAGGGGAGAGACCGAAGCCAAAGUACAAGAUAUCUCCUUCAGCCAUGACUGUCGUUGGGUGGUGGUCAGCACUCUUCGUGGCACUUCCCACGUCUUCCCCAUCAAUCCUUAUGGUGGUCAGCCCUGUGUCCGCACUCACAUGUCGCCCCGGGUGGUAAACCGCAUGAGCCGUUUCCAGAAGAGUGCAGGGUUGGAGGAGAUUGAGCAGGAGCUGACAUCUAAACAAGGAGGCCGCUGUAGCCCUGUCCCAGGCUUGUCGAGCAGCCCAUCUGGCUCACCUCUUCAUGGUAAACUGAAUAACCAAGAUACUUACAAUAAUUUCACUAAUAAUAAUCCUGGGAACCCACGACUCUUGCCACUUCCAAGUUUGACUGUGGUGGUACCUCUUGCACAAAUCAAACAGCCAAUGACCUUAGGGACCAUCACCAAACGCACAGGACCUUACCUGUUUGGAGCAGGAUGUUUUUCCAUAAAAGCUCCUUGCAAAACCAAACCAGCUCCACAGAUUUCACCUAGUAAAUCUGUGGGAGGAGAGUUUUGUGUUGCUGCAGUCUUCGGUUCAUCAAGAUCCUGGUUUGCAAACAAUCCAGGUCUAAAAAGAGAAAAAGAUCAAUCAAAACAGUUUGUGGUGGAAUCCCUGUAUAUUAUCAGUUGUUACGGUACCCUGGUAGAACACGUAUUGGAACCACGUCCACUCAGCACUGCUCCGAAGAUCAGUGAUGACACUCCUUUGGAAAUGGUGACCUGUCCGAGAGCCAGCUGGACAUUGGUUAGAACUCCUCAGUGGAAUGAACUGCAACCACCAUUUAAUGCAAACCAUCCAUUGCUCCUAGCUGCGGAUGCAGUGCAGUAUUAUCAAUAUCUGCUCGCUGGCUUGGUUCCACCUGGGAGUCCUGGACCUAUUACACGACAUGAGUCGUAUGAUAGCUUAGCAUCUGACCAUAGCGGUCAAGAGGAUGAAGAAUGGCUUUCCCAGGUUGAAAUAGUGACUCACACUGGACCUCACAGACGCCUAUGGAUGGGCCCCCAGUUCCAGUUCAAAACGAUUCAUCCCUCAGGUCAAACAACGGUCAUUUCAUCCAGUUCUUCUGUGCUGCAGUCACAUGGUCCAAGUGACACCCCACAGCCUCUUCUGGACUUCGAUACAGAUGACCUUGAUCUCAACAGCCUCAGGAUUCAGCCUGUUCGCUCUGAACCUGUUAGCAUGCCGGGAUCAUCGCGCCCGAUUUCUGAUCGCAGAGGAGUUUCAACGAUGAUCGAUGCUACCACAGGUGCCUUUGAUCGAAGCGUGACCCUGCUGGAAGUCUGUGGAAGUUGGCCUGAGAGCUUUGGUCUCCGUCACAUGUCUUCCAUUGAGCACACCGAAGAGGGCCUUCGGGAACGGCUGGCUGAUGCAAUGUCUGAGUCACCCAGCAGGGACAUAGUGGGAUCAGGAACAGACACAGCCGUUGAAGUAGCAGUAAAAAACAUCUCCACAGAGAGGCACAUGGCUUUGAAAUGUUUUGAGCUUCAGCGAGAAGGAAGCAUAGAGACUCUCAGUAACAGUUCUGGUUCCACCAGCGGAAGCAUUCCACGCAAUUUUGAUGGUUACAGAUCACCUCUCCCGACAAACGAAAACCAGCCUCUAAGUCUUUUCCCUACAGGAUUCCCUUAAAUUAGCCAAACAUACGAGGAGAGAUUCAGACUGGCUAACCAAAUGUCGCUCCAGCUAAACAGUUUUGAUGUGUAUUU